AUGGCAGAGACCAACAAUGCACAAUCGGUGACCAACGGGGAAGUGCCCCAAGGCUACGAGCAUGUCUUCGAGACGCAGCAGGGCUACGGAGAGGGACCAAAGCUCGUGGACCUGAGCGACGAUCUUGAAAUCAUCUGCGGCCCUUUGAUCAACUAUCAGCGCAUGAGCAACGAAGACUCGACUGUCUUCUGGCAUGGCUCCAUCCUCAUUAUCACCAAGCCUGGCCAGAAGUUGCCUCGCCUCGAACUACAGGCUCUGGGACCUUGGGACAGCAAGAGAACAUCUACAAGCACUCUACCAAAGUUAGCAGUCGAUGGCUUGAAACUCUAUGCCGAUCCGGACAAGACUUUCUGGCGCUUCACCAUCAGAAUUCCGUUUUCUGAAGCUGAACAGCGGUGGCAGUAUACCAUUCCAAGAGCCAAGUUUCCGCAGAACUCGGCCAACAAGUCCGACUCGCGCCAAUUCAUCGUGCCGGCCGUGAGUGACUCGUUUCGCAUAAUGUUCCAUUCCUGCAACGGUUUCUCGGUCGGUACCGAUGAGGACUUCUGGAGCGGACCUGCACUCUGGAACGAUGUCAUCCGUGUCCACGAGAAGCGUCCAUUUCAUGUCAUGAUCGGAGGCGGAGACCAGAUUUACAACGACAGCGUCCGUGUUGACGGCCCUCUAAAGCCGUGGACUGCGAUCGGCAAUCCGGAAAAGAGACGCAAGUUUCCAUUUGACAAUAAGAUGAGAGCAGAUUGCGACAAAUAUUACUAUGACAACUACAUCCGCUGGUACUCGACGGAACCGUUCGCGACAGCCAAUGCUCAGAUUCCCCAGAUCAACAUCUGGGAUGACCACGACAUCAUUGAUGGUUUCGGUUCCUAUACCGACCAUUUCAUGCGUUGUCAUGUUUUCCGUGGUAUUGGCGGUGUCGCUUUCAAGUACUACUGUCUCUUUCAGCACCAUACUGCUCCACCGGUCUCAACAUUUACCUCAGAUGCACCUCAGACCAUGUCGGCCAAUGAGAAGGGAACUGCUGGCGCCGAUCCCAGGCAGAUGGAGAACACCUAUGUCUACAAGCGGACAGCCGAUGAUCCUAGCUGGAUUGUAGGCAAGAAGCCUGGUCCUUAUGUUGAAGAGCGGUCGAGAAACCUAUACAUGCGCCUAGGCAAGAGGAUAGCGUUCUGCGGCAUCGACGCUCGGACCGAGCGGACUCGCAAACAAGUCAAUUAUCCCGACACAUACGACAUGAUCUUUGACAGACUUGAGAAGGAGUUCCAAGAGGCACAGGGCGAGAUCAAACAUCUGAUCCUUCUAUUGGGAGUUCCAAUCGCAUACCCUCGUUUGGCCUGGCUCGAGAAUAUUCUUUCCUCGCCGAUCAUUGCACCUCUUCGGCUCCUCAACAAGCGUUUUGGUGUAGCUGGUGGAUUGUUCAAUCAGUUCGACGGUGCGGUCGAUCUUCUAGAUGACCUCGAUGAUCACUACACAGCGAGACACCACAAGAAGGAGCGUCGUGACUUCAUUGUUCGAUUGCAGCACUUGAGUGAGAAGUACGCUAUUCGCAUCACCAUCCUAGGUGGCGAUGUCCACUUGUGCGCCUUUGGUCGCUUCUACUCCAAUCCUAAGCAUGAUGUCGCGGCAGAAAAUGACCCACGGUACAUACCCAACAUCGUGUCUUCCGCCAUCACCAACAAGCCUCCGCCGAAGGCUGUAGCCAAUUUACUGGCAAAGCGCAACAAGAUUCACCAUCUGCGCGACGGUAACACGGACGAAACGCUGCUUGAAUUCUUCGACAAACAGCCCGGCGGGAAGGUAAAAGGGGCUGACUGGAACAAGGCAACAAUGCCCAGCCGUAACUACGCCUGCAUUACCGAGGUUCCUGAACACAACGACACAGCGCCGGUCGGUGUGGACACGAAUAGUAAAGCUCCGCUAACCAACGGCGCUCUUCCCGAUACUGGACUUGAAGGGAAGGAUCGACCCAAGAACUACAAUCGCAAUGGUCGUGAACCGUUGCAUCAGGGCGAGGUCGGUGCCGGCACGCAGCAUCCAGCUGCUGACGGCGUAAGCAGUAAGAGUCCAUUGCUGGGCGGGUUGAACGUUUCUCUCCGUGUAGAGAUCGACAAUCACGACCCUGAAGGUCACACGCAAGGCUAUGGUUUAAGCAUACCGAAGCUCGAGAUACAGAAGAAGCCUGAGACAUCUGCAGCUAAGCCACCCGCUUCCGCUGGCAGUGCUGCCUCACCGGGCGCUGAUCCGGCUGCUCCAACGAGCUCUUGA